AUCAUUGAAAAUGCAUCAAAAAAUUACUUUCCUCAAGGGUGUGCGUUGUUCCAUGAUGUUUUCUGAUGAGAUAUGGUUUGGUUGUAUUCGUCAUUGUUGAUAAUAAGUUUUUAGAGUGAAGUGAAUUUUGAAAUUGCCAAAAGAAUGUCGCAAAUUGAUGAUAAAAAGGAUACUCCUGGCACAGGAUUUCGUAAAAUAGAUAUCGAUGAGUAUAAUGAAAAUAAUUUUAAAGAAGAAGAUGCUGAUGGAGGAUCAGGGCCUACCGGUCCUGAUGAAAAUGAAAUUCUAGCACUACUUAACCAAGGAAAACAUGCAGAAGCAUUAAUUACUGCUUUGAAAGCCGCACCACUUGGAUCUAAAAAUCAACAGGUCAAGGAUAAUGCAAGGAACGUGAUACAAAAGGUACUUCUAAGUAUAAAAUCAAAUCAAAUGGACGACUGUCUAGCUCAACUCGACAGGGAUUUGAUGGAUGUGUUGAUGAAAUAUAUUUACCGAGGUUUUGAGAUACCAUCAAAGGAUAGCAGUUCACAUUUAUUAAUAUGGCAUGAAAAAGUGUACAGUCUCAGUGGAGUUGGUAGUAUUAUCAGAGUAUUUACUGACAGCAAAAGAAUUUAAAAACAAAAUUUCUAUUAUUUAAGCUCAAUAAAAAAGUAUACAUUAAAGUGAAAAAUCAAAUUCCACAUUUUUUGUUAACAUUAUAUUCAACAUUUCUCUUUAUU